AUGGAGAUCUAUCUGAGUAAUCCACAAGUAUUGAGGGAGCUUCUCAAUAAAUUACCCACUCAUUUGAAGUACAAUUGGGCAGUCCAUCUGUCUGGAAUGAAUAAUAUUGGAAUGCCUACUUUGGAUAUAUUUUCUUCGUGGAUCCAACAUCAAGCUAAAAUUCUGAGUAUAUUUUUACAACCCGCCAAAGCAGAUGACAGGAGACGACAAGAAAACUUCAGCCCCAAAGAACUAAGAAACUCCAACAAUAGACAUGUUCUUAUGCAAGUAACACCAAAAUGCCAAAUUUGUAGUCAAAAUCAUCAAACUUCAAAAUGUAGAGAGAUUUUAGAAAGAAGUAUCGACAGUCGAUGGGAAUUGAUUACAAAGAAGAAGUUGUGUUUCUCUUGUUUUGGACGACACCAAAUUAAAUCUUGUAAGAGGAGGACAAAAUGUGGAAUUAACAAUUGCACAAAAUUCCAUCAUCAUGUUUUACAUAAACAAGAUUCAGAAGCACAAAUCGAGGGUCCGAAUAGCCAACCAUCAUUUUGUUCAACGACUCCUGAGAAAGUUUUGCUUCGGAUUUGUCCAGUUGUUUUAUCCGGAGAGAAAAAUUCAAUCGAAACAUAUGCCUUGCUUGACGACGGGUCUACUGUUUCCCUAAUCGAAGACAACCUUGCAGAAUAUCUGGGAUUAAAUGGAAAGGAAGAUCCAUUGAACAUUUGCUGGACCAAUUCAACAAGUCAUAAAGAUCAAAAUUCUCGUCGAGUGAAACUGAAAAUAAGGGGGCUUUACGAAAACGAAGAAUAUGAAAUCGAUGACGUUCGAACUAUGACUGGUUUCAGUCUGCCAAGCCAGAAUUUCGAUUUCUCGAAGAUGAAAAAUGAAUGGUCUCAUCUGUCUAUUUGUCCGCAAAACUUAUUUUUCAAGAACGACGUUAGGCCAACUAUUUUAUUGGGACAAGAUAACUACCAUCUCAUAAUGCCUAGAAAGAUUUAUGAAGGUCCACCAAAUUCACCAAUUUUAAGCUGGACUAAACUUGGAUGGAUUGUUCACGGAAAAUUUAGAUGCAAAAAGGAUAUUCUCGACAAUUCAAAUUUCAAUUUCUUUUGUUAUCAAGAAUCUGAAGAUGAUUUACAUCGGUUGGUCAAAGAUUCAUUUAAGCUUGAUAACUAUGGAAUUACAAAGCCGAAUUACGAAACUUCAUUAUCACCGAAGGAGGAAAAGGCACUAAAAAUUUUAGAAGAAACAACUGCCUCUACAGGAGAACGUUAUGAAUCUGGACUUUUAUGGGCCACAGAAAACUUCAGAUUUCCUCCCAGUUAUAAAAACGCUCUAAGUCGACUUCAUGGAAUAGAACGUAAAUUAGAUCGAGACCCAAUAUUAGCGGAAGAAUACUGUCGAAAAAUAGAUGAAUAUUCAAACAAAAAUUACGUCAAGAAAUUAAGUGUAGAAGAGGCAGCCCAAACACACAAUAGAACUUAUUAUUUGCCACACUUUGGAGUGCGCAAUCCAAAUAAACCUGGAAAAUUGCGUUUAGUGUUCGAUGCUGCAGCAAAAAGUCAUGGAGUAUCCUUGAACGAUGCUUUACUAACUGGACCCGAUCUCUUGAAUUCACUACCAGCGGUCCUCAUGAAAUUUAGACAGCAUGCCAUCGCCUUUGUUGGAGACAUAAAAGAAAUGUUUCAUCAAAUUAACAUAAAAACAGAAGAUGUCGAUUCUCAAAGAUUUCUUUGGCGUGGAAUGGAGAGGCAUAGAAAACCAGACACCUACAUCAUGAAAGCAAUGACUUUUGGAGCAACUUGUUCACCAUCGACUGCCCUUCAUGUGGUGAAAUUGAAUUCCAGAAGAUUUGAAGAUCAAUAUCCUGAAGCUAGUAAAGCAAUUUGUACCAAGGAAUAUAUGGACGACCAUUUAGACUGCUGUGAAACAAUUGAUAGUGCUAUUAACAGAAUUCAGCAAGUAAUUGAAAUUCAUAAAGCAGGUGGAUUUGUUAUAUGUAAUUGGAUCAGUAAUUCGAAAGAAGUUUUAGACAAUAUCCCUGAAGAUCUCAAAGCCCACAGUGACAAACAGUUGAAUUCAGAUGAUGGCCUCGCUACAGAGAGGAUUUUAGGAAUGUGGUGGGACGCGAAAACAGAUACGUUUAUUUUUCGAGUUAAUGAAUCAAAAUUUGAAAAUAUCCAUUUAAAAAGUCCAACGAAGAGAGAGAUAUUGAGAGUUGUGAUGAGUAUCUUCGACCCACUAGGACUUGUAUCACCAAUAUUAGUGGCUGGCAGAAUUUUCUUACAGAAUAUUUGGCGUUCGAAUAUUACCUGUGAUGAACGUCUACCAAGAGAUCUUCAAGCAAAAUGGGAAAUCUGGCUCAAUUUACUAAAUAAUGUGAAGACGUUCAAAAUUUCAAGGUGUUAUUUACCACUCUCAAGCAGUUAUGGAUCUACGGAACUCCACAUAUUCGUUGAUGCCAGUGAAGAAGCCUAUUCAGCAGCAGUCUAUUUGAGAAACGAAAAUGGUCCAAUAAUCUCAGUUUCCCUAAUUAUAUCGAAAAAUCGCGUUGCCCCCCUGAAAGGAGUAAAAGGAGUUUCAAUACCACGUCUGGAACUUCAGGCAGCUGUGCUUGGAUCUCGGCUUGCUGAAACAGUUCAAAAUUCCCUGGAAGUAGAAAUAAAAGGAAGAAUGUUUUGGUCUGAUUCCCAGUCUGUUCUUCAUUGGAUAAAAUCCGACUCCAAAAAAUAUAAACAAUUUGUAGCGAACAGAAUCACGGAAAUCCAUGAUCUCACAAGACCCGAAGAGUGGAAAUGGAUAUCCACUGACUUGAAUCCUGCCGACCUAGCGACUCGUUUCUGCAAGAAAAAAUUUCUAACAUUGAAUUCAUUAUGGUUAGAAGGUCCACCAUUCUUGAAAAACUGUAAAUCCGAAUGGCCAGACCAACCUCCUAUAUUUUUGAAUCAUAAGUCUGAUUUAGAACUGAAGAAGGAGUACGUGACUGUUCAUAUGGAGAAGGAAAAUAGCAUCUGGAUUAUUCCGAAUUCAUAUAUUAACAGAUUUUCAUCCUGGUUGAAAUAUCUUAGAUGCACUGCUUGGAUUAUUCGUUUCACAAGGAACUUGAAAAGUCAUAAAAAAAUUCGAAAUACACUGAAUAGAUCAUUGGAUGUGCCUGAACUCACCUUAGAAGAAAUUGAAGAGGCAGAAAAAAUGACUCUAAUUGCAAUACAGUUUACCCUAUUUCCAGAAGAAGUGAAGCACCUGCAGAGUAAAAAAGCCUUGAAAAAAUCAAGCAAACUGUUUCCAUUGUCACCUUUCCUUGAUGAAGAUGGAAUAAUUAAGAUGAGGAGUCGUUUGGAAGCAUCUUCUGAAAUUGACGGAAUGACGAAAUUUCCUGUAAUCCUAGAUGAUUGUAAAGCAGUAAGAUUGUUGGUACAACAUGUGCAUAAACGAUUUUUACAUCAAGGAACAGAAUCUGUUAUAAUGGAACUAAGAAAAAAAUUUUGGAUUUUUAAGAUUAAAUCAAUUGUCAAGAAAGUAAAAAAUACUUGUCUUUGGUGUAAGAGACGAGAUUCCAAACCUGAAGUGCCAGAAAUGGGACCAUUACCCCAGUGUAGAGUGAAGAGACAAUUCUCAGAAAAAUUCGUUUCCUGCCAAAUUUGA